UACAAAUGUCAUAAAUAAUAAAUAUGGCGUUACUGCUUUUGUGUUCAUUGUGCAUGAUUCCUGUCAAAUAAAUAAUAUUGUAAUUUAAAACAACAACAUAAUUAUUUCGCAACGACACAAUCAAUGCGUAACCCGCCGCUAUAUGCUAUAUAGCAUGAAGGUCAAACGCUGACAACCCAUUGUAAACCGAAGAGAAAGGUGCAAGUUUUACACUUUGAAAAAAAGCAGCUGAAUGACGUAUACACGAUGGCAUCUGGUAGAGAUAGAGACGAGGGCCCUGUGUACUAUAGGGAGAUACAGAAAAACGCGUACCUCAAACGGAUACCUAAUGAAGUUAGUGGUAGCAAGCUGAGACCUCUUGGUAGUAAGAAAGUACCGCUAAAACCGAUGUGGACUCAGCUCUGUGUGCACAACGGAAAGACUCCUUACUUAGAGCAGUACCCCGAAGCCAACAGCCCGGCAGCUUUGACCCACAAACCGGUGUGGAGAGCCUGUCUUCGCGCCGCUAGACAUGUGACCGCCAGUGUGAAGCCACAUUGCGGUGACCAGUAUGAUUUUCUGGUUGAUACUGAUGCAGGGGCUGUUCGGAUGUUGGCUCCUGAUUGGGAAUCAAUGCAAGACUGGGUGACUACGCUCCGGAACACACUACACGAGCUGAAGAUACUGUCUCGCGGUGAGAACGUGUACUGUUCAGGUCCGGCGCCGCCCCCCCUCCCGCCGCCGCCCAGAGCGGCCGCCAGGGAUCCCACUUCCCCCCUACCGCCUACUCCACCGACACCACCUGAUAGAGUACCAGGCAUCGAACUAACAACCCGACCCCCAGAAACGAUACCAGAAUCACCAGAGACACAACCGGAAAUCGAACCCACGACGUCAACAGAAGAAAGUAAUAUAGACAUAUCAAAUUGGGACGCUCCGUUCACAUCUCAACCUUCAACUUCUCAAAAUAAGGUCGAAAAUCGAAGUGUGGCCAAAAUAUGUGGACAAAAUAUAUGUUUAGAUGAUUCAAUAUUUAAAAGGCCUAUUGUAACGGAUAGUGAUGAGGAAUUUUUUGCUGAAAUUGAUAAAAUGUGUAGCGAAGAUGAAUAUACGCAACGAGUAGUUGUUAGUAACGGAGAUGAGGUGAAGAACGGUGAGGGGGCGAGCAACCAUCAAGCGACGAACGUGACAGUCAUCCAAGUAUCAAACAAGGAUCCUCCUCACACAGCCAUCCCCGUAUUAGGGCCCGAAACGGACGUCUUCGACUUUGAAUUCAAACAAAAAUUGACCAUUAACGAUGAACCGAAACAGAAUUUUGUAAAUAUAGUGAAUACAGAACAAAAUGAUUAUGGAACAACGUUUUCUAAAGACUCUGAUUAUGGACAUUUAAGUUUGACAACAACUGUAAGCUUGUCUGGCACGAAUGAGCCGGAAUUUCCGACUUUUCCGACUUUACCGACUUUGCCGAAUGUUCCGAAUUUACCGAAUAUUCCGACUUCGAAUCAAAAUGAGGAGAUAUACGAAAGGUUAUGUAUGGCUUCAACGUCAACUCAACCGAACUCCAAACCGUCUCCUUUGCCGGUAAAGAAGUUGAAAAAUAGUGAGAAAACUCGAAAAUCUUCGUUACCAAAUUUGGAAGUGGGGGAUUCGACAUAUGAGUAUUUGUUUCUAAGUAAUAAUAACUCUGGUGUGACUGUGAAUGCUGAAGUUAAUUGUAACGGGGAUACAAGAAGUCAGAAUCAUUUGAAUAAUGAUAUCAAUCGAAUAAGAUCUGUUGAGAGGGCGCGGAGUCAAAAUUCUUAUGAUGCUAAUCGACCGAGAGAGACCAGAAGGGUGCAUACUAGUCCUAAAAGGGAAAUAAAGAAUGAAACAUCGGAACAGAAUCAGACGCAAAACAAGCCAAUAUGGAAGCGAGGACUGACUGAGUUAUCUCUACUGACUAGACUGAAAUCUAUAGGGCAGACUAAGAAGGAAAGCCCGACUAGGCAGGAUGAAAACCAGGAUAGUAGAGGUCCAUCAGUGACGUCUCCUGUCAAAGUGGUGCACAGAUCCCGCCCUGAGGGUAGGGGGGACUCUAUGCGGCGGAGGAGUAGCUCUCUCAGUAAUGCGGACGUACCCCCCUCGAUAUCGAACCCCGUCCCCCCUUCCCUGACUCCCCUGCGGGCGCGGCAGGCGGCGGGGCUGCGCGCCGAGCAACGCCGCGGCGCAGCACUAGCUGCCACCGUCUCCACUACGCACCCACCCGUCUUUGUCGAUUAUCAGAAUCAAGUUUGGAUAGCGUGGUGGGGCGGGUCGGGGGUGCGCGUGGGCGGGCGCUGCGGGGACCGCGUGGCCGCGCUGGCCACCCGCACGGCCCGGGACGCCGGACAUGCCAGGCAACUCGUCGCCAGUGCGCGGGGACUUACGGUUGACAUACUAUUUCACCGGGUGCCGCUCGGUAAAAUCUACGUGGUUAAUAAAAGGGAUCAAGAAGCAUUAGGUUUGAAGCUAGACAAUGAGUGCAACAUCACUGGAGUGGUGGCCCACAGUGCCUGCGCCCGCGCCGGCCUGCCCCCGCCCGGGAACUGGGCGCUCACUGAAAUUAACAAUAGGCCCAUCAAUCUGCUCAAGGGAGGCGAGGAAGACAUGAACAGGUUAAGCAAACACGGUACGGAAGUAUCAAUACUGAUACAACCUUCAGCGUUCGUGAAGAAGCUCCGGUCAGCGCUCAAAGGGAACAAGACUUUGCUCGGCUUGAGAUGAGGUUUAGUUUUAAUUGUAUUUUUGUAUAUGAAUGUAUGUUAUAUGGAAAUGAAUUUUACCCCAGUGGUAUUUAGGCUUCUAUUUUAAUACCAAUAUAUAUAAAGGUAAAUAGUUUAUUUGUUUUAACGCGCUAAUCUCUGGAACUACUGGUCCGAUUUGAAUAAUCAUUUUUGUGUUGGAUAGUACAUAUAUCGACAAUAGGCUUUCACCCUCUCUGCUCGGCUCCUAUUGGUCAUAGCGUGAUGUUUUAUAGCCUUUUUUAUAGUUAUUUUUGUGUUCCGGGGAUUAGUGCGUUUAAACUAACUCUUUAUACAUACAUACAUAAUAACGGUAUAUUUUGUUAUAAUAAUUCCUUUUCAGCUAGAUAAAUGGUAGCUCAGUUUCAGAGGCUUUUUUGUUGCAUAACUAUUUAGCUUAAAAUUAAUGUAAUAGUUACAGCUUUACAGUUACAGAGGUACAGACGACUCUCGUUAAUUCGAAUUACGACAUAUUGAGAGUAAUUCAAAUUCAAAUGUAAUUCGAAAUAUUUGAAGAGGUCCUCCAGUUUUGACUGUAUAACAAUAGAAUUUAAAUUAUGGUCUAAUUAUGAUUAUGAUUAAAGUAUUGUGCUACUUUAAAAUACAUAUCUGUAGUGUAUAUACUAAUAUAUAAAGGCGAAGAGAUUUUUUUGGGACAAGCCCGCCACAACCUCCCAUACCGCUGCAACUCCUGUGCACCAGGAUCUACAGUAGAUACAACCAUGAAAACACCGGAACACUGAAGUCCAACGUCCCAGGGACAUGAAUGACUGUCUUGGAUCCCGCAACGAAAGAAAUCAGAAAAAAAUAUUAGAGGAGAAGAAAAAGAAACUUAUUUAAUUUGUAAAAAUAUCUUUGUUUUGGAUAAGUGGGGUCAAACAUACAAACUCUUCAGAUUUAUGGUAUACCUGCCUAAAAACGGGCCUAAUUGAAUUUGCACAAUACCUUAAACAUCAAAUUUUAUAGUUUUUAGUAUGAAAACUCUCAUAAACAAUAAAUGAUAAAUAGUUUUUGUAUAAUAAUUAAUAACUAUUGUGAAACAUGCAAAAUUAAUUGAAAUAUCUUACUUCCUCGACACACCUAAUGAAUAUGAGCUCUGGUGUGGCUAGAAACUAGUUGAGUAUCCUCGAAUAGUUUACUCGAGUAAAUAUUUUAAUUAAUUUACAUAAUAAAUGAAAACUUUUGUAAAAUUUACACCUUUUUUACUAGUUGUAAAUAAAUAUGUAGCUUUUUUAAAAUAAUGGGAACAAUUUUUUAAUAUUUUUCUAUGUACUGUACGAUAUUUAUACAUAAUAUAAUAAAAUAUAAGGGUUAUACACAUUUUUUAUAGAAGAUUUUUCUCACAUAGCUAGCUGUAUAAUUAAUUAUACAUGUAAUAUUAUUUUGUUGUAUGUCCGAAGGUUCGUGGUUUUAUUUUACUAUUUUUAACUAGCUUUUGAUUUGUUCCCCAUGUCCUUCUCAAUUUAAAAAAAUACCAAACAAUGCUGCUUUCGCAUGCAAUAGUUGGGAUUUGAUACCUUUCUUGGAUAGAAAAUAAUAUUUUGUUAUUAUAUAUUUUUUAUUAUUUUGUCCAAUGUUGAGAAUCUACAAGGGCUUUAUUACAAGUUUACUUUACGUUCAACGAAAUCCAAACGAGACCGCGUUCGGCGCUCUGAUUGGUGUGUCGUUUGAGCCGACCAAUCAGAUCGCCGAACGCGGUCUCGUUUCGAUCUCGUUAAACAAAAAUACAUCUCUUACUAAGCCUUCUGGUUUCUAGUUUCUACGUAUUUUUAUUUCUUUUAUUUACCAAGUCAUGUUUUUAAAAAUGUAGUAUAGAUAUUAAAUAUAAGUAAUGAUGUAUAAAAUGUAUUGAUUUGUCUAAUUAUAUUUUAUUUCUAACGACUAUACAUUUGGAGAGUGUUUUUGGACCAAAUUAUAUUAAAUUAUUUAGGUUAUUAGACGAAAAUUUAAAUCAAAAUUUAUAUGCGAUCCAAAUUAUUUUAGGUUUUGGUAUAAAAAUCAGUCAAAUUUAUACAUAUAAAUAGCUCCAUUAUGGUGCUUUUCGACCAGAUAUGUGCUAUGCUACGUUGCUGUGGAUGCGUUUGGCUUCCACCAAUCAUAUUCAUUGGUACACAUAGCUUAGCACUGAUUGAAACGGAUGCAGCUAAGCAACGUCUUAUCUACUAUCGAUACAUCGCCUACUCGAGCUGCGCAUCUUCCUCGCACAGCUACAUAGCUUAAGUAUCAGUAGAAACGGUCACAUAGUUUCACAGCUUAGCUAUUACAUCUUCGUAGCAAAGCUACAUAGCACAUCUCUGGUGGAAAAGCUCUAUUAUAAUAUAAUGUAAUAUAUAUUUUAGAUAUAAGGUUUAAGCAAUGAUUUAUUGUGAUAUAUGUAUAUGUGUAAUAUAUAAGAAUAUUUUGUGCUAACGAAACUAGAUCCAAUUGCAAAUCUAAAAUAUUUUUCAUGAAUAUUGUAAUAAUAAGUUUUUGAAAAAGCCGUUUUCUUAUGCUAAUAUAAUCGUUGGAAAGAGCCCCUUUUUGUAGAAGAAAGUGUGAUUAUUUUUGAAUAUUUUAUUGUAUGGAAACGUCAAAAUAAUUUAUUUUUGACUGUGGAAACUACCUAAUUAUAAUAGUUUCUUUUUUUUCUCGAAUCAUUGGAGCUAUAUAGCUAUAAUGGAUUUAUACGAAAUUUAAUAUUUUUAAUGUCAUUUGUAAUGUAAGUCAGAAGAGAUAAGUCCAUGUCCAUAUAGGUUUAAGUAAUAUAAAAGUCAAAUUAUUUUCUAUGUUAAUAUUUUAAUGAAUAAUUUCUGAUAUUACACGGCUGAUCAUAAUGAAAUCUAGGAUCUUUAAGACUCUCAUAAAAACUAAAUAAAAUUAUUAUUUUUCAAAUGAAAAGAUGAUUUGUAUCCUUAGUAAGAGUAUGCUUAACGUUUAAAGUAAUCGAAACGAGACCGCGUUCGGCGCUCUAAUUGGUUGGUUUAUGAGAGCGCCGAACGCUCUCUCGUUUCGUUUUCGUUAAACGUAAAGCAAACUCCUGCUCCUGCGAUCCGUCCGAUGCGUGCGAUGCGGACGCUUACCUUACAACGUAUAUUUAAUUAAUUUUGAAAUUUUUUUAUAUAUUACGUACAUAAUUAUGAAACAGCCGUGAUCCAAGACUUGUUCGAUCUCUAAAAAUUAUAAAAAUAAUUAUUUAUUGGCAUAAUUUACUCGAAUUAGAUUUUUUUUUAUUGUAUUCAAUCAACUCAAUUUAUUAUAUAGCAGUUAAAUUUUUUGAUAUAAGUUCCAUAUAAAAUGUGUCAAAAUUAUAAGCAAAUCUAAACUGACUCUUAUAGCUGUUUUCAUCAACCACCGCUAAACUAUCUCUUAGCUAAGAGUGUCUUAGCUUUAGGGACGAAAACUGACGUGAAAUAACGCUUGCGUUGUUUCGUUGUGUUAGUGAGGUUACCGGAGGCCCAAUUCCCCCCUUCCCAAUCCCCGAUUCCCCGACAAUCCUUAAAUUCCUAACCUCCAAAAGGCCGGCAACGCAUUUGUAACGCCUCUGGUGUUUCAAGUGUCCAUGGCUGGUGGCGACUGCUUACCAUGUAUGCUCCAAUAUUCAAUAAAAAAGGGAGCAUCAAAAUUAACCCCUUGUGUGUUGGUAUAUGAGACACAAUAGAAAACACACUGUGUCUCGCGUAGAUCUGCGUUCCAACAUACAACGGGUUUAUAAUAAUAUUUACCUGUACUCGUGUCACCAUAGAUUGGUAUAAAGGUAAGCGUCCACAGGCCCGCAUCGUACGCAUCGCACGCAACGGAGUUUAGUUUGUCUUGUAUAGAAACUCAUACAACUGCGUCCACUGAUCCGCAUCGUACGGACCGCAUCAUCGGCAAUGCCUACAUGCGAUGCGUGCUGAUGACGUCAUACGGAAUGCGUACGAUUGUCUGUCAUUGUUAAUUGUAUCUUACGAGUAGUUUAGGGAUUCCAUAAAAAUUUAAGCGAGGUUGGUGAAAGCGGAACGUAUUUGAAUAAAAAUAUUUUUCCCUAUUAUUGAUUGAGUUACUCGUUUAAACAAUUGUUGUUGUAAUACAAAAUUUACAUUUUUAUGUAAUUUAUAUGUAAUUUUUUUGUUUGUAGCUCUAUUUUGAAAUCGAUAAAUAGGUAUAUUUUCAGACACUAAAAUAUAACGUAUUUUGUGUUUUUACAAUAAUUCCUGUACAGUUUAUAAAUGAUAAAGUAUAUUCAUAAUAUUUUAUGUAAGAAACACAUAGACAUAUCGUAACCAUGUGAUCUAUUUCCGACAAAUAUUGAAUUUUAUAAAAGGAUUCUUAUAAA